CACUCCAAACUCACACCCAAAGUUGCUAAACAAAACCCAACAAAUUGUCAUAUCAUAUCAUGUGCGAUAGCCUCAAGAGCGACUACCAACUGUGCGAAGAGCUUGGCCGUGGUAGAUUCGGCAUAGUCUACCGCUGCUACUCUCCCGAUACCGGCGACUCUUUUGCCUGCAAAUCUAUCCACAAGAGUUCCCUUUCCGAGGACCCCACCGACCGUCAAUGCCUCGACAAGGAGCCUAAGAUUCUUCAGCUCCUUUCUGGCUGUCCCAAUAUUCUUCAGCUGUAUAAAAUCUAUGAAGAUGAUGAUUAUCUGCAUAUGGUGACGGAUUUAUGCGACGGCGGGGAUUUAUACGACAGGGUUUCAUUGGGAACGCCGUUUACUGAACCUGAGGCGUCGGCGGUUUUGAAGGAGUUGAUGAUUGCUAUUAGUUGCUGUCAUCAGUUAGGGAUUGCCCAUAGAGACAUUAAGCCGGAUAAUAUUUUGUUUGAUACUGCCGGGCGGUUGAAGCUAGCGGAUUUUGGAUCCGCCGAGUGGUUUGGUGUUUCCGAGGAGGGGCUCAUGACGGGGGUUGUGGGGACGCCCUAUUAUGUGGCGCCGGAGGUGCUGAUGGGGAGGGAGUACAAUGAGAAGGUGGAUGUAUGGAGUGCUGGAGUGAUUUUGUACAUUAUGCUGAGUGGGGUGCCGCCGUUUUAUGGAGAGGGGCCGGCCGAAACUUUUGAGGCGGUUUUGAGAGGGAAUUUGAGGUUUCCGUCAAGGAUUUUCCGGUCGAUUUCGCCCGAGGCCAAGGAUCUGCUAAGGAAGAUGAUUUGCCGGGAUGCUUCCCGGCGACUCUCUGCCGACCAAGUCCUGAGGCAUCCAUGGAUCAUUAGUGGAGGAGACACCCGAUCAGUGUCUGACCAAACCUGAGUCAUAAAAACAAUGUCUAAUAGCUGCUGGUGUAAAUACUCCAUCUCCCGGCCAUUUCUUGAAGGAUUAAUGGAGAUGGAAGAAGAAUGUCCAGGAUGCAGUACUCGAUAAACUGGACUGUAACGAAUGUCAAUAUUGUCAAGUAUUGUAUAGUCGACCCUACUGAAAGAGGCUUCGGGUCGAAGGUUCUCCCCCAUGCUUUUUCCCUUUUUGUUAUGAAGUUGUGGAAAUGUGUGAGAGAAGCCAAGGCCAUCCCUCUUUCCUCGUUCUCUAAUAUAAGAAGAGACUGUAUAUGAUGAUAAACGAGACAAGCAUAGUCAUGUAUAUCGGAAGGUUAAAAAUCCCCUCUAUUUUCAUUCCUUUUUCUUGGUUAGAGGGAGGGUACUCUAUUGUAAGAAUGUUGUACGUUUUGCAUGAAAUUUCAAUUUCUAAUGUAUUUCACCUUUCAAGUUUUCGAAAAUAUUGGGGGUUCGAAAUGAAAAAGAAAAAAAUAAUAAAGGGUAUCUCCUGUUAUUGAA